UGCCCGGACCCGAUCACCCGGAACAGGCAGACACGCCUCGCCGCGCUUCUCUCCAAUGGCUGACCAACUCUUUCAGCGCAAACCCUGGGACCACGAGCAGCUUCGCCCGGACCCCGACUCUGACUCCGAAGGCCUGUUUGACAAACCUCCUCCAGAAGAGACCCCGGCUGUCCGCAGGCCCAAGUCGGCGUGGGCCGCGGGCAGGAAGGCCGGUCGGCGCACUGGUGGGAGGGCGCAGGGGGCCCGCCCUGGGCAGCCCCCCAAGGCCGCGGCGCGCCCCCAGCCCCAGGAGGAGGCGCCUCCACUGCACGAGGGCUGCUAUCUCGACCAUUUCCCGCACCUCUCCAUCUUUAUCUACGCGGCCAUCGCCUUCUCCAUCACCUCCUGCAUCUUUACCUAUAUCCAUUUACAGCUUGCCUGAUUUGCUGGGGAUGGGCUCAGGGCUGAGGGGGGAGGGAAGGGAAAAGAAGGGCUCGGCAUCUUGUGUCUCGAGACGCGCCGCACCCCCUUCACCUAGCUUUCGAUGCUUCUUUUCUUCUCUGCUUGUCAAUACCUUUGUCUAACUGUUCAUCAGUAGGAACGUCCAAAGCAGCUACUGCUAAUGAAAUAAGCACCUGGGGAUUAGAGGCGGGAACACAGACUCCAACGUUUAGAAUCUCGCGGUGCGAUUGAACCCCAUUUAUAAUGAGAAUAAUGUCCUUGGACCCUACCGCUUUGUGAGGUGGGGGCACGCAGAGGAAACCUGUCAUUUUGUGUCUGGGGCGGGCACAGCGAGCCCAACCUUCUGUUCUUUAAGGGAUGAGCCAGACCCGGCCCGCCGCCUUCCAGAGAGAGGGCCCCGCGGGGAGGGUCGGCGCCCUGGCCUGGGAUAAGCCGAAGCCUUGUGAUGCUGCAUCGCCCCCGGAAGAGCCAGCAGUGA